CCUGGCGCUGGUGGGCGACUCGCGCAGCCGCGGCCUCUACAGCCACCUGCGCCGGCGCUGGCGGCUGCCCGCCCACACACGCAACGGCACCGACUGCCUCACACACUUCGUGUACAAGAACCGCACCGACUGGUGCCACUACCGCGCCAGCUCGCCUCUCGUUGACCUGCGCUUCUUCUGGAGUCGGCUGGCGGACGAUGCGCUGCUGGACGUGCUGCGGACGAUGCUGACGGAGUGCCGGGCCCGACCGGCCUCCUGUCCCCACGUGCUGGUGCUCAGCCUGGGCACGCACGUGCUCACCACACCCCAGCCGUCGUUCGACGCCUGCCUGCUGGCCGAGGUGGCCGGCAUCGAGCGGGCGGCGGCCGUGCUGCAGCAGCUGGCGGCCGUGGGCGUGCGCGUCUUCUGGAAGCUCAGCGAGCCGGAGAACUACGAGCACAUGAUGGACAUCGCCUCUUCCGUCAACUUCGCCCACCUCAUUUACAACGCGCUCAUCACCGACCGGCUGGAGCAGGUGGCGCCCUCCGUGCGCCUGUGGUCGUCGGUGCUGCCACCUGUCGCCAACUACAUCGUGAGGUGUCGGCUGGACGAGGCGUGGCGCCGGCAGCCAAAGGAAUCGCCUCUCUGGAAUUGCCGCGACCACCUCCACUACGGAGAUGUGGUCCAAGACCAGUACAGGAACGUGCUGCAACGCUAUUUAUGCGCGCAAAUGUAACCUUCGGCCACUAUCAUGGGGGCCAGUAAGUAUGCAGUUGUACGCGGAAGUGUGUUUUGACGCUUUCGCGAAUUGAUGAUCGCUUUUAUCCGGUUCUACGCGAAGGCUUGCCGCGGCCACAGGUCUCGCUCGUCCCCGUACUGUGCUGGGGUGACGAAUGUUGUGACGCGGCACCCGCCGCCAGAGCGUCUUGCUCCUGUGGUCUGCUACAGUGCGAUACGAUGUUAAGGUUAUGCUGUCAUGCCUGUUAUGUCUCCGCGCAGUCAGAUGCGCAGCCUAGCACGCUGGGCCAGGCUGUUGUGCAUGGGUGCGCGUUUCGUGGGACGGAAAGCAGGGAGUACGAAUGAGAACAAUUUGUAGGUCAUUGUUCUGUUAACAGCGUUACAUUCGCGAAACAUACAAACAGGUCGUUUUCGAGGCUGUACGCCAGACAGAACUGACCGAACCGACCGGCGUAAUAUCUCUACGCGAUCUUUUUUACUGGAGUGUUUCAGCUACUUAACACUGUGGUAAAAAUGUUCCAAUCAUUAUUAGUUGUUAACGCUUAAAAUAU